CGCAAAGGCACCGGUGAUGUGUUGGAGUUUGACGUGGCACUCUGCUUUUCCUAUCUGUAUUUCACAGUGAAGGGGACCUUUGAGAUACUGCUCAUAAUUCAGCGUCUAAAUCCCUCCAUUUUGGCAUGAGAAGAUCUUAACGGUGGAUCCAGUGAGAUGAGUCAACAGGGUUAUGUGGCCACGCCCCAGUACUCUCAGGCCCAGCCGGGGCUGCCCGGCUACCCAGCAUCCUUUGGGAGCCCACCUGGCCAGCCCCUCUAUGGGCACUAUGGGGGCCAACCUCAGGCCUUCUCCCCCCCACCAACAGGUAUGAUGAAGUCUCCUGUGUCUGCUCCCACUGGCAUGGCCCCUCCCCCAGCCGCGGCCCCGUAUGGCUCGGUCCAGCAGAAUGGAGCCCACCCACAAAGGUAUGCGGCUCCUCCCUCAGCCGGCCCGGCUUCCUACAGCCAGCCCCCCCAGCCCCCCUACCAUAGCAUGGCCUCUCAAGCCCCGCCCCCGGCACAGCUGGCCAAUCAGAUGAGUGGCAUGAACCUGGGUGGUUAUGGCCCAGGACCCAUGCAAACCCCACAGCCUCACCCUAACUCCCUGGUCCAGCAGCCCUACCUCACCUCUCCUCCCCCAGCCAUGGGCCAGCCACAGCUCCCCCCGGGCCCCCAGUCUCCCCAGAUGUCCCCCACCCAGCCACCCCCUGGAGCCAUCCCCAUGGGAGGCAUGGGCAGGCCCUUCCCUGGCCCCCCUCCUGGACCUGGUGGGUUCCAGCAACCUGGGGCUGGGCCGGUUGGACAACCAGGGUACCCUCAACAAGGUCAGUUUGGGGGCCAGAUGCCAGGGCCACAGCCUGGCUUUCCAGGGGCCUUCCCCUCAGGGCCGGCUCCCAUGGCCGCACCCCCCCAGAAGAAGCUGGACCCAGACUCAAUCCCCAGCACAACCCAGGUCAUAGAAGAUGACCAGGCCAAACGAGGAGGCCAGCUGUACACCACCAACGUCAGGGGCCAGGUGCCACCUCUGGUCACCACCAACUUCACCGUGCAGGACCAAGGCAAUGCCAGUCCCAGGUUCAUGCGCUGCACCACCUACACCUUCCCCUCCACCGCAGACCUGGCCAAGCAGUGCCAAGUGCCCCUGGCCACCAUCAUCAAACCCUUCGCCACAUUGCCAAAGAAUGAGGCUCCACUGUUCGUGGUCAACCACGGAGAGACCGGCCCCAUCCGCUGCAACCGCUGCAAGGCCUACAUGUGUCCCUACAUGCAGUUCAUCGACGGGGGCCGCCGCUUCCAGUGUGGCUUCUGCGCCUGCGUCAACGAAGUGCCAGUGUUUUACUUCCAGCACCUGGACCACAUGGGGCGCAGGGUGGACUUCUACGAGAAGCCCGAGCUGUCGCUGGGCUCCUACGAGUUCGCCGCCACCAUGGACUACUGCAAGAACAACAAACCUACUAGCCCUCCUGCCUACAUCUUCAUGAUUGAUGUGUCGUACGCCAACAUCAAGAGCGGACUGGUCAGACUGGUGUGUGACGAGCUGAAGACACUCCUGGACCGACUCCCCAAAGAGGAAGGGGAGAACUCAGUGGUGAAGGUGGGCUUCGUCACCUACAACAAGAUCCUGCACUUCUACAACGUGAAGAGCACGCUGGCCCAGCCCCAGAUGAUGGUGGUGUCCGACACGGCCGAGGUGUUCCUGCCUCUGCUCGACGGCUUCCUCGUCAACUUCCACGAGUCCAGAGCCGUCAUCUGCAACCUCCUGGAGCAGAUCCCUGACAUGUUUGCCGACACCAACGAGAGCGAGACGGUCUUUGCCCCCGUCAUCCAGGCUGGAGUCGAGGCUCUGAAGGCAGCAGAGUGCAGCGGGAAGCUCUUUAUCUUCCACUCCUCCAUCCCCACCGCUGAGGCUCCUGGGAAACUGAAGAACAGGGACGACAAGAAGCUGGUGGGCACAGACAAGGAGAAGACUCUGUUCCAGCCCCAGAGAGGUGUGUUUGAGCAGCUGUCUAAGGACUGCGUGGCCAGUGGCUGCAGCGUGGACGUGUUCCUGUUCCCCAGCCAGUACGUGGACGUGGCCACCAUGGGGGACGUGCCCUCGCACACCGGAGGCUCCGUCUACAAGUACAACAACUUCAGGGUGGAGACGGACGCUGAACACUUCUUGAGCGACCUGAGGAAAGACGUGGAGAAACCGAUCGGCUUCGACGCCGUCAUGCGAGUGCGCACCAGCACAGGUUUCCGAGCGACAGACUUCUUCGGCGCCAUCCACAUGAACAACACCACUGAUGUCGAGAUGGCAGCCGUGGACUGUGACAAGGCCGUUACCGUGGAGUUCAAGCACGAUGACACCCUCAGCGAGGAGAACGGAGCCCUCAUGCAGUGUGCCCUGCUGUACACGACCGUCGGGGGCCAGAGGCGUCUGAGGAUCCACAAUUUGAGUCUGAACUGCUCCGCUCAGCUGUCGGACCUCUACAAGAGCUGCGAGACCGACGCUCUCAUCAACUUCUUUGCCAAGUCAGCGUACCGCUCCAUGUUGGCCCAGCCUUUGAAGGCGGUCCGGGAGGUCCUGGUCCACCAGACGGCCCACAUGCUGGCCGGCUACAGGAAGAACUGUGCCAGCCCCUCUGCUGCCAGCCAGCUCAUCCUGCCUGACGCCAUGAAGGUGUUCCCGGUGUACAUGAACAGCCUGAUGAAGACUGCAGUCCUGGUGGGCAGCGCUGAGCUCUCCACAGACGAGCGCGCCCACCAGAGGCUCUCCAUCAUGUCCAUGGGGGUGGAGGACCUGCAGCUGCUGCUCUACCCUCGACUCAUCCCUCUGCAUACCAUGGAUGUGUCCAGUGACGGUGUUCCCGCCCCGCUGCGCUGCUCCGAGGAGCGUCUGACAGAGUCCGGCAUGUUCCUUCUGGAGAACGGCCAGGUCCUCUUCAUGUGGCUGGGCCAGGCCUGCCCCCCCGACCUGAUGCAGAACAUCUUCAACGUGCCCUCGCUGGCACACCUGCCCGCCGACCCGAACUCCCUCCCAGAGCUGGAUAACCCCCAUUCUCAUAAGCUACGUGCAAUGAUCAGCUCCCUGCUCCAACAGAGGCCCACCUCCAUGAAGCUCCAGAUCGUCAGGCAGAAGGACCGGUCGGAGCUGCCGUUCCGCCAGUACCUGGUGGAGGACAAGGGUCUGCACGGGGGCGCCUCCUACAUGGACUUCCUGUGCUACGUCCACCGUGAGAUCAGACAGCUGCUCACCUAACUAGAGUCACCGCCCAGGGGAACACAAGUCUUCACUGACUAACACAGCUGCCUUUCCACCACCACCUCCCUCUCUCUACACAGGCCUGUAGAAGCUUAUCUGUAAGAGUUAAGACACUUGGAGGUAGCUUGGCAAUGGUUUAACAAGGUGGAAUGUGAGUUUCUUAAACCUAUCCAAUUCUUUAUAGAUCUGCAUGUGUUGUAUGUUAUACGUUAAUGGUCUAUACGAGAUGCUGCUCUACAAUCGGAAAAGUACAUUUGGUAACAUUUUAAAUUAAAUGUAAACGAUUUAAGUUCUUGUUAAAAACAUUGUAGGCCCAUUGAAACUGCGAUAUAGAAUUACAGAUUAGCCUAUAUUCAUGGUUUUGGGGAAAAUUUCCAGACGUUGUACAAAACCAAAUUGACUUACCCCUGGAAAUGCUCCCCUCCCAACAGUGUUAGCAGUGUUUAGCCUUCAGUAAGUCGUCAUUUUUGCCCUUUGCGACCAAAGUGUAACUCACCUGCAACUGUUGACAGCUGGUUUACUUUACAAUAAUACUUCCUCAGCACAUUCUAUUUAAAUAUCGUCUUUGUAAUGCCAUGCCAAUGUCUUGUUAUCAACCUCCAGAGUUCUUAUAAAGGGGACAAAUUCAGUAAAAAUUCAAUGUUAUUUAUCCGUAAAGAUGAGAUUAAACAUUCCAUUUGUUAGUAAUUAAUUCUAGGUAUUUACUUUGCCUUUUCUAAAGUGCUUAUAGACCAAAUGUCAAAUUGAAAAGUAUUGUAUCUUGUUAUAAAUUAGUGCCCUGCAAACCAGUUGUCUGUUUAUAUACGUGAGAAAGAUGUUCAGGGUAAAUUUAUUUGGUUAACUGAUUACCGCCUGCCUUAAGUCGUUAUUGCUAGAGGCCAUUAUUCUAGUAUGAUGUGAUAAGACACCAAUUUCUAUGGUUUGUAUGCAAACAUAUAUCUCAGGUAAUUAGUGUAACUAAUGGCGGUGGUGCGAGGGCGACUGGAAGUCGUUUUAGGUGUCGGAGUAGCGUACCGUGUACAUUUGAAUCCAAAAGCCUAUAUGAAUCUCUUGUUUUGGAUUAAAAUUCCUGACUUUA